UUUUCUUGAAUACCUAUUUUCUUAAAUCCUUCAUUUCCCUCUCAUUCUUCUCAGUUCCAAUCAUGGAGGAGGCCAAUGUGCUGGAAGCUAAAGACGGAACAAUUUCUGUGGCUUCUGCAUUUUCUGGACAUCAAGAAGUUGUACAGGAUAGAGAUCACAAGUUUUUAACCAAAGCGGUUGAUGAAGCAUAUAAAGGGGUUGACUGUGAAGAUGGAGGCCCAUUUGGUGCAGUUGUUGUUCAUAAUGAUGAGGUAGUUGUAAGUUGCCACAACAUGGUUUUGAGAAACACUGUCCCGACUGCACAUGCAGAGGUUACUGCAAUAAGAGAGGUUAGACUAAGAAAUUAUCUUGUUGGCUUGUGUGGGUUAUUUGAUUACUUGGAGUAUGGUAGUGUCAGUUUUCUAGAAGUUUUUCAGUUGAAAUUUUAUGUUUAUAUUGAAGGAAAAGAUGCUAUUGAUAAUCAUAUGAAUUUUAAAAGCUUAUUUAAAAAUCUUCAAUUGAUGGAUGAAGUUGAAAAUAUCCUAGAAAAGAGCGGUACUUGGUAUUAGUCAACAUAUCCUUGCUGUAAUACCUUGUUUGUCUGUCUGUCUAUCUCUCACACUCUCUCUCUC